AUGUUAGAUCUUCUUUUAAAACCCUCUUUCGGGAUCCCAUUUGUUCCCGAAUGCCUACUGAUGGUCCUUUAUCACUAUGUCGUGCACAUCAUCGUUCGGAAUCGUUCUCAGUUCAAACCCUCAUUUGUCGUAUUGAUAGUCUUGGGGUGUAUUAUGAAUACUCUCGCUUUUGGAAACUCUUUUAUCACUGCUCGAGUUCCACGAAACACUGCUGAAAAUGACACGUUUUCUGAUUUCUUCAAAUCUCACGACAUCGUUAAUAAUAUUGAAAAUUUCUCCUGGAUUCAAAUCAGUCACACUCUUCAUUAUAGUUUUGCCUAUUCACAAUAUUUUUAUCAUUCAUUCUUCUGCCUCAAUCGUUUCAUUGGAAUCGCCUUCCCAAAAAACUGUGAGAAGAUCUGGAAAAAAUCCUUUUGGCCUGUGGUCAUUAUCAUUUUCUUCGUGCCUGUCCUCAUCGUUCAUCGAAUUUUGUUUGGACGAUCGUUCUACAGAAUGGGCGAGAAUGGCGAUUUUUUUUGGAUUGAUUCAACAUAUAGUCGAGCAAACAUCUACACUAUUAUGGUUCCGGCGACAUCAUUUUGUACGGUUUUCAAUAUUUCGGUCAAUAUCAUUUGUUACUUGAAAAUAAGAAGAAAGGAGAGAGAAUCCCAUUCAGAUCAAAGACUUCGAAAAAUGAUUCUUGUUUGUCUGCUCAUUGAUUCUUCCCUUCUGAUUCUAACAUUUUGCAAUUUCUACCUCAAUGUUUGGUCCUCUGUGAAAGAAUCUCCAAUUUUCUCUGGCUGGGUGUUUUUCAUGAUUCCAUAUGCAAGCGAUGUUCUGACUCUGAGUACACCUCUUCAGCUUCUUCUUUUCAGUAAGAAUAUCCGUCGGAUGUGCAUCGAAAAUGUUCCAUAUUUGAGACAUUACAAAGGUCAUACUUUUUUCAAUCAUACAACACAAUUGCUUACGUCAAUAGUUUCUCCCAUCGUUCCUCAAUUUGACUCAGAAUGCGUAGCUACCAAUGUGAAAUAUAAAUUGUAA